AAGAAAAAGACGAGAGAGAGAGAGAGAACGAGGGUAACCACUCUGGGAAACACCAUAACCCCAUUACCCAAUUAUUUUUUCACUUUCUUUUGUUUCUUUUUGUUUUUUUGCAUUUAUAUAUGAAAAGAAUUUGUUGUGUUAAAAAAGUUGAAGACUUUGUGGAGAAGCAAUCCUACCCACUGAAGAAGAAGAGAAACAGAAUCGAUCUGUAGAGUCUCUGUUUAGUCUCUCCCAUAUCAAUGCCUGAAUCUUAGCAGCCAACAAUUCGCUUUUUCUUUUUUCUUUUGAGGACGCUCUUCUUCGGCAACAAUGGCGUCCAGAACCAAGUGAGGAUAAUUAACCAAACUUUAGUUUUUAACUCAGAAGACAAUUUGAAAUCUCUGUCUUCUGUUUUCUUUGUCGGAAAUGUAGUUAUGUUUUGUUGGAUUUUUAUGUGGGUCACUUUCUCCUUCCCUUGUUUUUUCUUCUGGAAUUAUUCAGUCAUCUGUUUUUUGUUUUGGUUGCAUUAAUUUUGUUACUUUUAAUCUGAUUUUCCCUGCUUCUGGUUCCACAAAUUGGUUUAGAUCUUGCAGAAGCUUCUUCUGUAGUCACUUGUAGACUUAUUUGUCUUUAAAGUCUCUAUCUUCCGUUUUAACUGGUUUAAUGGAGACUCCUCGUAGCAAACCGUCACCACCAACACCAAGAGUGAGUAAACCAACAGUGACUAAAUCCGAUGGCAAUUCGCCAUCUCCGGUGCAGAGCACUCGUCUUUCAAUAGACCGUUCACCGCAAACUGUUAACUCCAAGCCUGUUUCUGAUCGUCGGACUGCAAGAGUUCCUACUCCUCCUGAGAAAUCGCAAUCACGGUUAGGGAAGGGAACUGGGCUACUGGUUCAACAAACUCAAGAGGAUUUAAGGAAAGCUAAUGAGCAAAUAGAAAGGCUCAAGAAAGAUAAAGCUAAAGCUCUUGAUGAUCUUAAAGAAUCUGAGAAACUGACUAAAGAAGCCAAUGAGAAACUGAGAGAGGCAUUGGCAGCUCAGCAUCACGCAGAGAAGAGUUCUGAGAUUGAGAAAUUCAGAGCGGUUGAACUAGAACAGGCGGGAAUUGAAGCAGUUCACAAAAAGGAAGUUUCUUGGAAGAAAGAAGUUGAGUCUAUUAGAAGCCAGCAUGCUUUGGACAUCUCAGCUCUUCUCUCUACCACAGAAGAGCUUCACAGGAUUAAACAAGAAUUGGCUAUGACUGCUGAUGCUAAAAAUAAGGCUCUCAGUCAUGCCGAGGAAGCGACUAAGAUUGCUGAAAAUCAGGCUGAGAAGGCGGAGAUUCUUUCUUCUGAGUUAAGCCGUUUAAAAGCAUUGGUUGGUUCAGAUGAACAAAAGAAAAGUAAUGAAGAUGAUGAGGUUGUGUCUAAACUGAAGUCUGAAAUUGAGAUGUUGAGAGGGAAACUUGAGAAAGUUAGCAUCCUCGAGAAUACGCUGAAGGAUCAAGAAGAGUCCAUUGAACUGCUCCACGUUGAUCUUCAAGCUGCAAAAAUGGUUGAAUCCUAUGCUAAUAACUUAGCAGCAGAGUGGAAGAACGAGGUUGAUAAACAAGUUGAAGAAUCAAAGGAGUUAAAGACAUCUGCUUCAGAAUCUUUAGAUUUAGCUAUGAAGCAGCUGGAGGAAAACAAUCAUGCACUUCAUGAGGCAGAGUUGGGUAAUGCUACGUUAAAAGAAAAGGUUGAGUCUCUGGUGACGACGAUUGGAAGGCAGGAAAAUGAUCUUGAAGAAUCUCAACACCAGGUUUGCAUUUCAAAAGAAGAAACUUCUAAACUUGAGAAGCUUGUUGAGUCAAUAAAAUCUGACCUUGAAACCACCCAAGGGGAAAAGGUUAGAGCUUUGCUGAAUGAAAAGACUGCAACAUCACAGAUUCAGAACCUAUUAAGUGAAAAGACAGAACUUGCGACAGAGUUGGAAAACUGUAAGAAGGAAGAAGAGAAAAUCAAGAAAGCUAUGGAGAGUUUAACUUUGGAUUUGCAAGAAGUAUCUGUUGAAGCAAAGGAAGCAAAGGAGAAGCUCUUAACAUGUCAAGCGGAGCUCGAACUUUGUGGAGUCCAGAUUGAAAGUUUGAAGUUGGCUGAGAAAGAUACAAAUGAAAAGCAUGGGAAAAUGCUUGAAGAUGCAAGAAACGAGAUUGAUGGCCUGAAAAGUAGUUUGGAAAACACUGAGAAUGAGUUUUUUAAUUCUAAGACUGAGUGGGAACAGCGAGAACUUCAUUUGAUGCUAUGUGUGAAGAAAUUGGAAGAUGGAAAUUUCUCUGUGCAGGAAGAACUUAGCAAAGUGAAGAAUUUGCUUCAUCUUAAGGAAGUUGAGGCGUGUGCCGCAAAAGAAGAAGAUGCCAAAAUGCAAACUAAUCGUAAGGAACUUGAGGAGGAGAUUAAGGAUCUGCAGGAAAUAGUUGAAGUAGCGAAAGCUGACAGCAUGAAACUUAAAGAAAGCUUGGUGGAGAAAGAAGAUGAACUAAAGAACACUGCUGCAGAAAACAGAAAACUCAGAGAAAUGGAGGUUUCUUCUAUUGAUAAGAUCGAUCAGUUGUCAAAAGUGAAGGAAAGCUUGGUGGAUAAAGAAACAAAACUGCAGAACAUUAUUCAAGAAGCGGAGGAGCUCAGAGUUAAGGAGAUUGAUUAUCUCAAGAAGAUUGAAGAGUUGUCAGCGGCGAAAGAGAGCUUGGUUGAAAAAGAAACCAAACUGUUGAGCACUGUUCAAGAAGCUGAGGAGCUUAGAAGAAGGGAGCUUGCUUGUCUGAAGAAGAUUGAAGAGUUGUCAGCAGUGAACGAGAGAUUGGUUGAUAAAGAAACCAAAUUGCAGAGCAGUAUUCAAGAAGUUGAGGUGCUCAAAGAAAGGGAGGCUGAAAAUAUUAAGCAGAUCGAGGAGUUGUCAUUGUCGAAUGAAAGAUUAGUAGAGAAAGAAGCCAAACUGCAGACCGUUGUUCAGGAAAAUGAAGAGUUAAGAGAAAAGGAGUCUGCUUAUCAGAAGAAGAUUGAGGAGUUAUCAAAGGUAGAUGAAAUCUUUGCUGAUAGAGAAGCCAAACUUCAGAGUUCCACACAAGAAAAUGAAGAGCUUAGAGAAAGGGAGGUUGCUUAUCUUAAGAAAAUUGAAGAGUUAGCAAAGCUGCAAGAAAAUCUUCUUGAUAAAGAAAAUGAGCUGCAUGAUAUGGUUCUUGAGAUUGAGGACCUUAAAGCCAAAGACUCUCUGGCCGAAAAGAAGAUUGAAGAGCUAUCAAAUCUAAAUAAAAGCUUGCUCGUGAAAGAGAGUGAGUUACAAGAUGUUGUUUUCGAAAAUGAGAAGCUCAAAUCCAAAGAGGCUUUAUCGCUUAAGACAACAGAGGAGCUGUCCGAUGUUAAACAAACUUUGGCUGAUAAAGAAAAGGAGCUGAAGACCGCAGUUGUUGAGAACGAGAAGCUCAAGGCCCAAGCUGCAUCAUCAUUUCAGAAGAUUGAAGAGUUGAAAAAUCUUAAACAGAGUUUACUUGAUAAAGAGAACGAGUUGGAGGGUGUUUUUCAGGCAAAUGAGGAGCUUAAGGCCAAGGAGGCAUCAUCUUUGAAGAAGAUUGAUGAGUUGUUACAUCUAGAACAGAGUUGGAUUGAUAAGGGAAACGAAAAUCAGGAGCUUAAGGUGCGGGAAGCUUCAGCUGCAAAGAGGAUAGAGGAGUUGUCAAAGAUGAAAGAGAGUUUACUUGACAAAGAAUUGCAGACCGUAAUUCACGAUAACUAUGAGCUCAAGGCCAGAGAGGCUUCUGCACUUAAGAAGAUCGAAGAGUUAUCUAAGUUGCUAGAAGAAGCUUCUUCCACACAUGAGAAAGGGGAAGAGAUUACUAAUACCAAUCCUUUUGAUAACAGUACCGGAGAACAAAAAGUACAAGAAAGUCCUUUGGAAGCUAUUGAUAGACAUUUGAAAGAUGACACAACAAUUCAUUGGUCAGCUCACAACGUUCAAGUAAUAGGAAAAGGAGAGAAAGGUAAAGAUAAAGACACCGUGGAAAGCGAAGUGUAUCAUUUAGAAAAGAGAGAAGCUUCUUCAGAGAGAGACACAGAGCAUGACUUUGCUGAAGAAGAAGUCGACUCGAAAGCAGAAGGUAGUGAGAACUUUGAUCAGUUAAGUAAUGGUUUGUCUUUAGCAGAACAAACAGAAGAUGUGGUCUCAAAGGACCAACAACAGAAAAAGAAGAAGCCUUUGCUUCGGAAGUUUGGAAAUUUACUGAAAAAGAAGAGCAGUAGCCAGAAAUAGAGGUAGAUGUGAUGUUUUACUACAAUCUCUGUUGCAACUGAACAUUCCAAAUUCAAUGAAAGGUCUUUGAUCUAACUGACUGAUUUUUAUAUAUAACAAACAAAGAGAUAGCCAUUGUUAAAGCUUACAAAGCAUAACAUAGAAACAACCUAAAAGAAGUAAUAACACCAAGAGUCCUGACAUGAUAGAGAUAGAGAGCAACAUGCAGAGAAAGAGAGUCAUCGUUAAAAGACGAAGCCUUCAAGAAUGUCGACACAUUCCUUAAGAUUUUGAAUAGCCUUGCGGAGAUUAUGAAUACAACGCUUCUUUCGCCUUGCGUUUUCUUCUUCUUCCUCGUCGAUCACUUGAGUCGAAUCAUUCUCUUCCUCUUCCUUCUUCUUGUUCAGCGUGUUCUGCUUGGGACGAGAAGACUCCCCCACGCUCUGACGAGGACGACGUUGAGUUCUCACUUCCGUUGUUGUAGCUACCGAGUCAUUGUCCGAUUCUGGAUUCGCUGAUUCUGCAACGGCGAUGGGAAUUGGAUGCGAGGGAACAGAUCUGGUCUUGGUUGAUCUUCCGCUGCGAGUUCUUAUUAUAGUUUUUGUGUCUGUCACCUCUGUCUCUGAAAGAGGAACUAGGGCUUUGUCCGAGAAAAUAGUGGAUGAUCUCCUAAGUUCAGUACAGUGGACUGGAAGAUAAAGCGUUAUCACUUUA